AGAAGAAGAGGAGAGAACACAGGCUAAGGGAGGAAGAAGAAGAAUAGGAAGUGAACAGAAGACGAAGAAAGGAAAAAAAGAAGAUGACGAGGGGGAGUCCUCGUUGAGUUUGUAUUAAAAGCGUUAGAACAUCAGUGGAGGAGAGAAAUAAAACUUCAAUUUUGUUCCCAGAUUUCUGUCCAUAUGAGGGGGCGUGGUCUGUAGCGUAACGUCACUGAUGGUUAUAUAGGCUGCAGCUGUGGCGGCGGGCUCGCGCUGCUGAGACAGGCAGAGCACUGAGGACCGGUGGCGCGCGCUCACAGACUCCCACUCAGCCACACUCACACACACACACUCCCCAAACAAAGAGAAGCACGCGAGGCAGCACAGCAUCCCACCCUUUCAGCCGCGGGCUCACUUGCAGAAUCGCCCCCCCCAUCCCUCUCAGACAGAACCGGUCCGGUCCGAGGCUCGAGCCCACAGAACCGACAAUGACAACCAACGGCGCGUCUAACGGAACCAGCGACAUGCUGCAGAUCCAGUUCGGUCUGAUCAACUGCGGGAACAAAUACCUAACGGCAGAGACCUUCGGCUUCAAAAUCAACGCCUCCGCCACGAGCAUGAAGAAGAAGCAGAUCUGGACUCUGGAGCAGAGCGGCGACGAGUCCAGCGGGAAUGUGUUCUCCCUCAAGUCACAUCUGGGCCGGUACAUCGCCGCCGAUAAGGACGGGAACGUUACCGGAGACAGCGAGACCCCGGGCCCGGAGUGCCGGUUCAUCAUCACCGCCCAUGACGACGGCCGCUGGUCCCUGCAGUCCGAAGCGCACGGCCGCUACCUGGGCGGCACCGAGGACCGGAUCAUCUGCUUCGCCCAGACCGCCUCCGUGGCGGAGAAAUGGAGCGUGCACAUCGCCAUGCACCCGCAGGUGAACAUCUUCAGCAUGACGCGCAAGCGGUACGCGCACCUGAGCGCCAAGGUGGACGAGAUUGCCAUCGACCGGGACGUCCCGUGGGGGGUGGACUCCAUGAUCACGCUGGUGUUCCGCGAGCAGCGCUACCACCUGCAGACCUCCGACAACCGCUUCCUGAGGAACGACGGCGCGCUGGUCGCCACCACGGACAAGAGCACGGGCUACACGCUGGAGUUCCGCUCCGGCAAGGUGGCGUUCAGGGACUGUAGCGGCAGGUACCUCGCGCCCUCUGGGCCCUCCGGCACCAUGAAGUCCGGCAAGAGCGCGCGCGUGGGCAAGGACGAGCUGUUCGUGCUGGAGCAGAGCCACCCGCAGGUCGUGCUCACCGCGGCCAACGAGAGGAACGUCUCCACCCGGCAAGGGAUGGACCUGUCAGCCAAUCAGGACGAGGAGGGCGACCAGGAGGUGUUCCAGGUGGAGAUUUGUCGUGAAAACAGGAAGUGUGCGUUCCGGACCGCCGCAGGGAAAUACUGGACCCUGACUGCUAACGGCGGCCUGCAGUGCACCGCCUCCACCAAGUCAGCUAAUUGCUACUUUGACAUUGAGUGGCGUGGGAAGAGGCUGACUCUUCGGGCUGCUAAUGGGAAAUAUGUCGCCGCCAAGAAAAACGGCCAGCUAGCAGCCACCAUCGACUCUGCCGGCGAGUCCGAGGAGUUCAUCAUGAAGCUGAUUAACCGCCCGAUCAUCGUGCUGCGUGGGGAGCACGGCUUCAUCGGCUGCAGGAAGGUGACGGGGACACUGGACUCCAACCGCUCCUCCUACGACUACUUCACCAUGGAGUUCAGAGAUGGCGCCUACAGCCUGCAAGACUCGACGGGUAAAUACUGGAUGGUGGGCAAUGAGCAGUCGGUGGUGAGCAGCAGCGACACGCCCGUCGACUUCCUCUUUGAGUUUUGCGACUACAACAAGCUGGCCAUCCGCCACGUCGCCGACAGCAAGUACCUCCGCGGCGACCACGCCGGCGUGCUGAAGGCCAACGCCGACGACCUGGAGACCGCCACUCUCUGGGAGUACUGAGAGAAGCGUGGAAGCGGUCGCCCACAGCUGCAAUGCUGAUGAAUGAAUGAAGCAUGGCGACGCAGCACUACCCACUCUUACACCUACCUGUCCCCCACUCCCCUUCCAUUCCUUAUAUUAUAUCCUGUACUUAUGACUUUAUAUGUUGAUAAACUGCACAGAGAGAACAGGAAGGAUAGAAGAAGAAGGAAGGAGACACUCCUUUCUCUCCUGCCUCCCUUUCCUUCCCUUUAUCCUUCCUUCCUCCCUUUCCCAGCUCUGCUCUGCAGCGCCGACCUUUACCUGUUGCCAUAGUUACCGUGGGGCUGUGCACUUUCUUUCUGCUCCGAUCUGGUUCGCUGCUCGACCUGUCACUCACUCCCACCUCGCCUUACGAUUGGGCCGUCCCUCUCCCAGAGCAGAGCAGAGCCACGUUUGAAGAGCCCCCCCCUCUCUGAGUUAACCCCCUCGUCUUUCUACUUGUCUCUAUUGUCUGUGUGAGCAGUACAUGGUGGCAGUAUUUAUGGUAUCUGACCCGGUCUGCUAGAUCUGUUUCUACCUGAUCUUAAUCUCCCACACCAGAUCCACUACUGGAUGAGGUCUUCUUCAGCAGCUUCCUGUUAGCUGGAGACAGUCUGUUUUUGGGUGGGUGGGUCAGGUAGAAACAGAGUUCCGAUCAGACCAGGCCUCGUACGUUUGUUGUCAUGAGCAGGCCCUGUUGCCGCCAUGCGAUGACCAUGUGAUAUAACUGGAGCGGAUCUGAUGAUAAAGGUGAUGUAACUGACGGGUUCACCCCCCCCCUUCAUCUCAAAUGUAAAAUAUUCAAAUGUAAACCAGUUUCCUGUGUUGUUCUCUAGCUGUGUUCUCAUUGGUCGGCGAGCAUUUUCCUGGACCAAACAGGAUGUAGGAAGUUAAAACAUCCGCCCCCCCCACCCCCCCACAAGCUAGACCCAUUGUCCUGAGAACAGUAUCAAGAAAAAAUAAAUAAAAUUAAAAAUGGUGCGAGCACAUGUUUACUGCACUCCCCUGUGUAACUGGAAGAAAAACACACACGGUUGGAUUCAUUUCUUUUUCUAUGUCCAAGGCACAGACAUUAUCAUGGGUAGCCAUAGCAACUGGAGUGAAAUGAUUUAUAGAGCCUUUUGAAAGCUGCUUUUUGGAUCCCUCAACCAAACUUAGACCUCAGCCUACAACACCGAACCAGUCGAAACUGGAUUAACAAAACCAUCACCUCACACACACAACUGACCAAACUGGAACCUGGUGCUACUAACUCAUGGCAUGUUCAGAAGCGCUACCGUCCUGUCGGGCAUCUCACACACUGUCUGGACAACAACAGAUAGUGAUUUCCUGCCACGUCUCUGCCCUCGCCACAUAACCGAAAGGGCUGCACCAGUUAAUAGCCUAAUCCUGCUUCUUCUUCGGUUUUAGGUUCUGUCUGAAAAACGACCAAAUUGCAAAUUGUUUUUGUUGGAGUUUUCUGUUCCUGGCUCGUCCGUGAAGGUGGCGAAAAGAUACGUUAAAAAAAAAAGAAGAAGAAGCAGACUUUGAGUUUGUCGUCUAUUUAACUGAAAUGUCUGUGAUGCAGUCAUGUAGCACCCAUAGAUCCUUCGAUUCUCUACCCUUCUGCUGCCUACAUUACACAUUAAGCAGCAAUGACUUCUGACGACUGAUUUUUACAAUACAGCAAAGAUUAUCCUGGCUCCUGGCCCUGACUUAUUGGGCUCUUCCACCCAUCAUCGCAAUCAUCAUCAAGCAUUCCUCUGAUGUGGAAAUCGGUAUGGAAAACCAAUCACCAUUGCCCCAUGAAAUGAUUGUAACCAGCUCCCCACCAACUCCGCUCAGUUUUCUCUCUGAAGUUCUUGCAUGAAGGGUUGAGAAUCUCAAGCGAAUCAAAGGAGCGGUUAUCCUCGGAGAAACAGCGUCUCCAAGGUAACCGAGACCAAGGCUUAGACAAACGGAUGUGGAAGGGUAAACAUGUGGUAAUGACUGUGCCUUACUCUUGAGUUUUUGGGCAGUUGGAAAAUAGAAGAUUUAAAAAAGAAAAGAAAAAGUCCACAUCUUUGCUUUGUAUAACUGGAGCUUCUUUUUGUAUUAUGAUUUUGUAUAAUUUUUUGAUAUUGUGGAUUAAUCUCUCUCUCGUGCCAUUGGUUCACCUGAAACCCAACGACCAAUAAAAACUGGGAUUUGGAACGCUA